UUUCCUUGAAGAAGUGAGGAAGAUGUUUGGUAGAUGGAAUUGGACAAAUAGAAAAAAUGGUACCUACACAUUCACAACACUGAUGAGGCGGUAUCAAGAGAUGUUGUCGAUCAACGAGUACAAAUCAAUACGAAUGAGGGUUGAAGCGUCAACUGAAUAUGUUUACACAGUGAAUGAUGGACCGAGGCGUUUCAUAAUAGAUUUGAAGAAGAAAACUUGCAGCUGCAGGAUGUUCCAACUGGACGAGAUACCGUGUUCUCAUGCAUGGGCAGUAUUGAAGAAUAAAAAUUUGACUGCUGAUGUAUAUUGUUCGGAUUUAUUCAAGCCGGAAACAGUUGUGAACACAUAUGAUGUGCCAGUUGAUCCUCUUCCCGAUGAGACCGAGUGGAAAGUUCCUAAAAGUAUAUUAGAUGAAGUUGUUAUGCCACCGAUCUAUAAGAGACCCCCUGGGAGGCCAAAAAAGAAGAGGGACAAGCCAUUACAGGAGUUGAUGAUUGGUAAACGCAGAAAUUCCUGCGGUAAAUGUGGACGUCUUGGUCAUAAUAGGCGUUCGUGUGAUAAUCCGCCGCUCAAUAAGAAGAAUAAAUAAGUCCAUUUUGAUUUUAUUUGUUAAGACAAUUCUACUUUAAAUUUCAGUUAAAAAUAAAAAAUGAAUUCAUCUUGAAUUCAUAUUAUUCUAGUAUGAUUGUAUUUCACAUGGUUGAACAUCCGAUGUUUUUCAAUGUAAUGCUAUA